AUGCACAAAAAGUGGAGUUUCUCUGUAGCUAAACUUGCUACAGCUGCCGUCAGAUUGUCCAUGAGAUUGAAGAGCAGCCAAUCAAGGCCUUCAGCUCCGCUGGGUUCACGGAUCCUUUCCAAUCCAGAUGACAUUUUCAAGCACAACAUGUGGGAUCACGUGGAGUGGACAGACGAGGACAAAGAAAACGCACAGCAGAAGGCUCAGGAAAAUGCCAGCGUAAAUUUGACCAAGAUGCCUCCCAAUAUUGGGACAAGUUUUAUGAGCUGCACCAGGACAAAUUCUUCAAAGAUCGCAGAGUUCCCAGAACUGCUCCCUUUGUGUGCAGAAAUCCAGGCCACAGAAACUCGCCAUAGUCAACAGAAGCCAGUUGUCCCUCAGCUACAAGGACCCGGACUGGACAGAGAGAAGGGACACCAUCAGCACAGUGACCCCUUUCACUUCCACAGAAAAACAGAGGCCGGUUAUGCUCAGAAGGCAGUGUGGGAGCAUAACGACAGCGCCUUAAAGACCCCUUCUUUUCCUGGACAGCAUGCAUCUUUCAGGAUUUUGGAGGUUGGAUGUGGAGUUGGUAACAGUGUAUUUCCUAUUGUCAAUAGCAUCAAGGGAACAAACUCAUUUUUAUACUGCUGUGAUUUCUCCCCGCGAGCCAUUCAGCUGGUUAAGGACCAUCCUGAUUACGACAACUCCGUGUGUCAUGCCUUUGUCUAUGACAUUUGUGAGGAGGUGGCCUCCUUUCCCUUUCCUCAGCAGAGCGUGGACGCCAUUCUAGCCGUCUUUGUGCUCUCAUCCAUCCAUCCAGAUCGAGUCCAAGGAGUUGUGAACCGAUUAUCUCCUUACCUGAAACAUGGAGGGAUGUUCCUCUUCCGUGAUUAUGGGAGAUAUGACUUCUCUCAGCUCAGGUUUAAGAAGGGACGGUGUUUAUCUCAGAAUUUCUACACUCGAGGAGAUGGAACCUGUGUAUAUUUCUUCACAAAAGGUGAAGUUCAUGAUUUAUUUUCCAAAGCAGGAUUGGAGGAAAUUCAGAAUUUGGAAGACCGACGACUGCAAGUGAACCGAGGAAAGAAAGUGGUGAUGCGGCGGGUGUGGAUGCAGAGCAAAUACAGGAAGCCUCAUUCAUCAUCCUAA